AUGGGAUUUCUUCCACAAUGGCAGUCGCUGCUCGUGGGCCUGGUAAUGGUAGUGGAUAUAGGAGUGGGAAGUCGAGUAGAGAAUGGGGAUUUUGAUGUGUUGCAAUACAUUGAUCCAUUCAUUGGGACUGCAAAUGGAGGUCAUGUGUUUCCUGGAGCGACUCUACCCUUUGGUAUGGCAAAAGCAGUUGCAGAUAUAAACAAUCCAGACGAGAAACAAGGAGGAUUUGCUUCGGAUAAUUCUGAUAUCACGGGAUUUUCUCAUAUGCAUGAUUCUGGCACUGGUGGUUCACCAUCACUUGGAAAUUUCCCACUAUUUCCACAAACGGGUUGCCUGGGGGAUGUUUUAGAUAACUGUUUCUUCACCAAGACAGCUCGAGCAUCAAGAAGAAUCAAUGGGACUGCAGAAGCACAUCCGGGCUACUUUGCAGUAUCACUGAAUACCUCUAUUCAUACGGAAGCUACAGUCACAAAUCACACUGCACUAUAUCGAUUUACAUUCCCCUCAAACUCGACAGCCAACUAUUCAUAUUCUACAGGGCAGACUUCGCUACCUUACAGUCCUCUCAUUCUAGUAGAUCUAACGGAUCUUCCAGACUCUCGUUCAAAUGGAUCUGUUCAAGUCGAUCCGGAUACCGGUAGACUUUCGGGGACUGGAACUUUCAAUCCUUCGUUUGGAAUCGGAAGUUAUGAUUUACAUUUCUGUGCAGACUUCAAGGGUGCGGAGAUUCGAGACACGGGAGUCUUCAUCAACAAUCGUGCUGGAAGCCAACCCAAGAAUCUAAGCGUCACACCCGAUGGUAUAAAUUCACCUCCUCUCCCGGCUGGAGCCUGGACACAAUUCAAAGCCCCUGCCAAUAAUCAGAUACUUGCUCGAGUCGGAGUUUCAUUCAUCAGUAUCGAAAAAGCUUGCAAGAACGCCGAAACCGAGAUCCCAGAUUUCGAUUUCGAAAGAGUUUUGACCGCUGCGGAAGAUGCAUGGAGAGAUAAGCUUUCAGUUAUUAGUAUCGAUGCUACGGGUGUUAGUGAUGAACUUCAGACUGUUUUUUGGUCUGGUGCUUAUCGAGCAAUGAUUUCACCUCAGGAUUAUACUGGCGAGAAUCCAUUGUGGGAUAGUGAUGAACCUUAUUAUGAUUCAUAUUAUUGUAUUUGGGAUUCGUUCAGGAGUAUACAUCCGUUGUUGACGUUAUUGGACCCACAUAGUCAGACACAAAUGGUAAGGAGUUUGAUAGAUAUAUAUCGUCAUGAAGGAAAACUUCCGGAUUGUAGAAUGUCACUAUGUAAAGGGUUUACCCAGGGAGGUUCGAAUGCAGACAUUGUUCUCGCAGAUUCUUACUUGAAGAAUAUCACACAAAAUGUAGAUUGGCAAACUGGUUAUGAAGCAGUGGUAUCUGACGCUGAAGAUGAACCAGCAGAUUGGUCCAUAGAAGGUCGAGGUGGUCUGACCAGCUGGAAAAAUCUUGGUUACAUUCCCACCGAUGACUUCGACCCAUACGGAGUGGGACCCUUCACGCGUUCCAUCUCCCGAACUGUAGAAUACGCUUAUAAUGAUUUCUGCAUCGCCGAGAUGGCCCAUGGACUCGGAAAGACCGGAGAUGUAGAAAAGUAUCUCGACCGAUCCGAAAACUGGAAAAACAUGUACAAAGCCGAUCAAACAUCCUACGUCAACGGAUCAACCGACGCACCCGAUUCUGUCGUAGACAGUGGAUUCACUGGGUUCCUGCAACCGCGCUACCUAAACGGAACCUUCGGCUACCAAGACCCCACCCUCUGUUCUCCCCUCUACAACUUCACAUCCUGCUACCUCAACCCUAACGGCCACGAAACAUACGAAGGAAGUUCAUGGAUGUACACCUUUUUCGUCCCCCAAGACAUGGCUACCCUAAUCACUACUCUAGGCGGUUCCUCAACCUUCGUCUCACGCCUCACAUAUUUCCAUACAUCCGGCCUCCUCUACAUCGGCGACGAACAAGCCUUUCUCCCCGUCUUCCAGUUCCACUAUGCGGGUCGUCCGGGCCUCUCGGCUUAUUUCUCUCACUUCUACAUCCCCUCCCAAUUCAACGAUACCGUAUCCGGCAUCGCUGGAAAUGACGAUUCCGGCGCCAUGGGCUCUUUUACCACACUUUCCAUGCUGGGUCUAUGGCCCGUGUCAGGCCAAAAUGUAUAUCUGAUCACCCCGCCCUAUUUUCGGGAAAUAAGUGUCAGGAAUGGACAGACGGGAAGAGUGGCCACGGUGAGGAAUAUAGGAUUCGAUGCUGCGUAUGAAAAUAUUUAUAUACAGAGUGCGAAAUUGGAUGGGGAGGUGUGGACGAAGAGUUGGGUGGAACAUGAUUUCUGGAUGGAGGGGGGAACGUUGGAGUUGGUGUUGGGGGGGAGGGAGAGUGGGUGGGGGACGGGGGAUGAGGAUUUACCGCCGAGUGCGUCGAGUGUGGAUUGGUAG